CGUGCCCCGGCCCCGCAUAAAGAGGCGGCGGCGGGGCCGGGGAGCGGAGCAGAGCCCGGAGCAGCGCUGGGGCAGCCGGAGCGGGGCCAUGGAGCAGUACUUCUCAGCCACGCACAGGAUGGAGCAGGAGGUGAUGUUCCCCAGCCUGCUCCGAGGGGUCUUCCCGCAGCAGCAGCAGCAGCAGCAGCAGGACGGGGCGGCUCCGGAUGCCGACGGCCACACGGACCUCUACGAGCGCUACCAGCAGCUCAAGGCCAUCAAGCCCAUGGUGGAGAAGGGCCUGGCCUCUGUCCAUGACCACAGCUCGAGCAGCAGCGAUGAGGACGCGUCCUGGGAUGAGGCCGGCAGCAGCGGGGAUGCGCGGCUGGAGCAGCGGCUGUGCCACCACCUGGCCGGGCUGCAGCAGGUCCUCACCCACCUCACCAGGGACACCAAUGCCCUCACGCGGAGGUACAGCCAGAUCCUGGAGCAGAUCAGCCCCAGCGAGGGGCAGCCCAGCUGGUGACCCUGCCCCGGCCACCAGGACGGGUGCUGGUGGCACAAAGGAGAGGACGUCCCCACCGUGCCCAUCGCGGCUCUUCCCCAGCCCCACACGUGGCAGCGGAUCUCCCGGCGCUGGCACCGACGCCUGCGGCCACCCCGGAGCCAGAGCCGGCCUCAUCCCCUGGGAAGGAGCCUCUGGAGGUGCUGCAGGUCCAUGGAGGAGCCGCGGGCUCGGGCCCCGCUCUUUAUGGCCAAGAGCAGCACGAAGCAGCGAUGUCGAGCGGGGGCCCCCAGCUCCGAGCGGCUGCCGAGCCCUUUUCCAGCUGGUUCCUGGACUCCAAGGGGCUUUUCCCCUUCUUUCAUAAUAAAAUGAGCCCUGAGAA